AUGGCAAUCCGUCCCCUCAACUCGAGCCUCAUCUUCGACAGGCGCGUUAUACUCGGUCUGACAGCAGCUGUCAUUCUCGCCUUUACAUUUGCCUUCCUCUAUUCGCCCGACCUACGCCCUAGCUCAGAAUGGCUACCACCUCUUAGCUCGAAACCUACGUCCACCUUCUCCGCGCCGUUGAAGAACACCGAAGAUCCCAAUAUCGUUGAGCUAGACUACCUAGCCAUCAAGCCCAAUGUUACGGACAAAGUCAGGUCUUAUUGGAACAUCCCAUAUGCCGCAGAUGCAGGAGGCAAGAACAGGUUUCGGGGACCACAACCGGUGAACAGAACGUAUGGCAUCGGCAGGGGCGAGAAGCCGUUGGUGUGGGAUGGAUCACUGGGAAUGUGCCCAAGAAUCCAGAAGAUUGAUCCGGCUCAGAGGAACAGGGACGAUAUCUCAGGACCGGACGUUUUGGGUAUCAAGACUCGCUCUACCGAAGACUGUCUGAGCUUGAACGUCUUCACGCCGUUCGAUGCUGAGCCAGGUGACGACUUGCCAGUGUUGGUCAACAUCCCUGGUGGCGGCUUCCAUCUUCCAGGACGCAGCAACGGAGGCGAGAUGGUAGAAAAGGCACGACGCGAAAAGGGCGUAGAUGGCAAACUCGACAAGGGCAUUGUCGUUGUCACCAUGUACUACCGCAACGGCAUCUACGGUUUCCUCCCUGGUGAACAGAUCGCAAAGGACGGCGACUACAACAACGCGCUUCGCGACCAGAGAGCGGCGCUGGAGUGGGUUCAGAAGUACAUCAGGUACUUUGGAGGCAACCCAGACCACGUAGUUAUCAUGGGUACAAGCGCAGGCGGUGCGUCUGUGAUGCUGCAACUCACCGCCAACGAGGGUGACAACUACUACCCUGUCCCUGGCACAGGUCGCAAGCAGCUCUUCCACGGCGCCAUCGCCCAAUCUCCCGCGAGUCCGACCUUCUUCACGCCCGAGCAAGCUGAGAAGUUUUACAACGAAGUCGCAGACGGACUGAACUGCACAGAUAUCGCUUGCGUACGCGACGCCGCGACAGGCGAUCUCUACUACCAAAAUUACCCCAUGAACUUCCCCGGCCGCGAUACUCCACCCCGCUGGAUGUGGGCCCCAACCACCGAGCCAGCUGGCGGUAUGUUCACUGAACCUGCCCCAGCAGCCAUAAUGAACAACCGAUACGCAAAGGUCCCAACCAUCAUCGGCUUUACAUCCAACGAAGGGUCAGACCAAGUCAAGAAGGCCACCGACAAUGAGGGUGAAUUCAAGUCCUACCUCAAAGACCAUUACCCGCUCCUCACCGACGAAGACCUGAGCACGCUCGUCAGCACGUAUCCCAACGACCGACACUGGCCCGACAGCGGCGCAUGGUGGGACGCCGUAGCGAAAGCCCAGGGCGACAUCCGCUACAUUUGCCCAACAUACCUCGCAUCCAACGCCAUGUCCGAACACAACCCCGAGAACGUGCCUACAUACCAAUACCAAUGGGACGUGAUGUGGGGUGUUGACAUCGAGAACGGAUACGGUACUAAGCACGCCGGUACCGUCGGACAGGUCAUGGUACGCCGCCAAAACGAGAUUUCAGAUUACUUCAUCAGCUUCAUCAAGUUCCUCGAUCCCAACCGCGAACAUCAAGUCAUUCCCAGGAAAGAUGUUAAGAUCGCCAAGUGGGAGCCGCUGGACAACACGGGUCGCAGGAUGUUCUUCACAAACAUCAAAGAGGGUGGUCACAGGGGUGACGGCACGAAUAUGCUGGGUAAGAUGCGCACAGAGAUGCGAAGCAGAGAUAAUGAGAGGGAGAAGAACUGUGGUGUCAUCCGUGGCAUGUUCAGAAGACUACAAUUUGAGGGUGUUCCAGCACUCAAGCUGGACUGA